AUGGAUGAGGUGGAGUGGACACGAAGACCCAACCCUGAGGAGCUGAGGGUUGGGCUCAUCAGCUGGGCAGGAUCCUACCUCACUUCUGAGGCUUAUAAGAAUACGGUCACUGCUACUGCAAAGGGUUUGGGCCGGAGACAGACCUGGGAGAUCUUGGUGAGCAAUGAGCACGACACCCAGGCUGUAGUACGACUGAGGAGCUUGCAAGGCCUCUACCUCCUGUGUGAGGCAGAUGGCAGUCUGUGCUAUGGCCGGCCAAGGACCAGUCACCAUGGAUGCUUCCUACUGCGUUUCCACCGCAAUGGCAAGUGGACUCUCCAGUGCAUAAUUAGUGGUCGUUAUCUGGAGUCUGAUGGUGAGGAUGUGUUCUGCAACUCAAGGGUGCUUUCAGCUUACCACAUGUGGACGCCCCGGCCAGCCCUACAUGUCCAUGUGAUCCUUUACAGCCCUGUCAACCACUGCUAUGCCCGGGCUGACCCCACUGUGGGCCGCGUCUGGGUGGAUGCACCUGUUCCCUGCCUAGAGGAAUGUGGCUUCCUGUUGCAUUUCCAAGACGGAUGCUACCACCUGGAGACCUCAACACACUUCUUUUUGUCCCACUUAGACCGGCUCGUCCCCCAACCCUCAACACAGACAGCUUUUCACAUGCAGGUACGGCCUGGAGGGCUUGUGGCACUAAGCGAUGGAGAAGGAGGCAUGUUGUACCCACAGGGUGCACGCCUGCUCCUGGGCCUGGGCUCCAAUCCCCACAGGGGCGAGGAGUGGUUCAUCCUACAGCGCUGUCCGACGUGGGUCAGCCUCAGGUCAAAGACUCGGAAGUUCCUCUCCAUCAUUUAUGAUGUUGAGAUAUAUGCUGCCUCUGAGCACGUAACCCCAAUGUCCUUGUUCCAGUUCGAAUGCAAUGAUGAGAGCUCCACCUUGCAGCUUCGUGCAGCCAAUGGCUGCUACCUAGCCCAGAGGCGCCACAGGACAGUGGUGGCUAAUGGACACCCAAUGGAGUCUGACACCUUCUUCCGCGUGCACUGGAAUUGUGGCAAGAUCAUCCUGCAGGCUCCUAAUGGACGCUUCUUAGGCAUUGUGGACAAUGGCCUGCUGAUGGCCAAUGCCACCAUUCCAGGCCCAAAUGAGGAAUUUGGGAUUCGAUUAGCUAACCGUCGCUUCCUUGUAUUGCGAGGUCGUUAUGGGUAUGUGGGCACCUCAUCAGAACACGACCUAAUGAAGUGCAAUAUGGAUCAGCCCGACAGCAUUCACCUGCUGCCUUGCCGCCAGGGCAUCUACCACUUCCAGGCACAGGGUGGAUCCUUCUGGUCAAUAACAUCCUUUGGUACCUUUCGCCCUUGGGGAAAGUUUGCUCUCAACUUCUGUAUAGAGCUUCAUGGGAGCAACUUGCUCACAGUGCUGGCACCCAAUGGCUUCUACAUGCGAUCCGACCGAAGUGGCACCCUGUUGGCAGACAGCGAAGAGAUUACCAAAGAGUGUAUUUGGGAGUUUUAG